UGGAGAAGAAAGGACUGACCGCUAACAUCUGAUCUACAGCUGUCAUGUCUCUCAUUUGGCUUGGACGAAUAUGUUUGCUCCUGCUGCUAUGCAGGAUUGUGGCAUCAAGAGCCAACAGAAGAUCUAAUCGAAGGAAACGAGAGUGGAUUCUUCCACCAACAAGACUGUAUGAGAAUGUUGACUACACAAAAGUGGAGUAUGUGGCAAAAAUCCGGUCUGAUAAAGAUAUUAACUGGCAGAUGGUGGAAUAUGGACUAACAGGUCAUGGUGCUGACAAGGUACCAUAUAAUUUGUUUGUAAUCAAUCCAGAGAAUGGCUUUGUUAGGGUCACUGGCCUGCUGGACAGAGAGAAAACAUCCUUAUACAACCUGACUGGCAUAGCACGAUUUCGUAACGGAUCAAUAGCCGAAGAAAACAUUGAGCUGAAGAUUAAAGUUGAGGAUCAGAAUGAUAACACACCCAUAUUCAAAUUACAAAAGGGAUCUGUGAAGGAAAGUAGCAAGAUUGGAACGCCUGUUGUGCAGAUAACAGCUACUGAUGCGGACGAGCCAGGCACUAUCAAUUCCAAGAUAGCAUACAGUAUAUUAAAUCAAACACCAGCGGAAUCCAAAUAUAUGUUCUCCAUUGAUAAAGCAACCGGGAAAGUCUAUGUGAAGGAGAAAACCCUGGAUCGAGAGAGACAUGACACAUAUACUUUAAUAGUUCAGGGAGUUGAUAUGAAUGGAGCUCCAUCUGGCAACACAGGAACAGGCACUGUACAAAUUCAUAUUUUGGACAUAAACGACAAUGUUCCCACUCUUGAGAAAGAACAUUAUUCAGGCAGUGUUGAUGAAGGUGUGACAGAUGUGGUUGUCAUGAGAAUUAAAGCCCUGGACAAGGAUCUGGAAUUCACUGAUAACUGGCUGGCAGUGUUUGAUAUUCAUAAAGGAAAUGAAGACGAUCUCUUCACUAUUGAAACAGACCCUAAAACGAAUGAGGGAAUUCUAAAACUUGUCAAGCCUGUUGAUUUUGAAAAGAUCAAAGCAUUGGACCUCAGCUUGGUUAUAUCAAAUGUUGCUCCUUUUAUAAAUGGAAGUGCUUUAGAGCUGGACGUUAAUCUGGACAGGGAUGGAGUAGGGCCUGGAGCGGGCAUGGGAGCAGGAGCAGGGGCCGGGAUGGGAACAGGAUUGGGAGUGGGGUUAGAUGUGGGACUGGAUGCUGGACUGGAUGCUGGACUGGAUGCAGGACUGGAUGCAGGAGUGGAUUUGGGUGCUGGAUUGGAUGUAGAUGCUGGACUGGAUGCUGGAUUGGGUCUGGGUGCUGGAGUGGAUGCAGGUGGUAAUACUGGACUUAAACCUGAUGGUAAGCCUGGAGUUAAGCCUGGAGCCAAACCUGGCCCCUCACCUGGGUCUAAACCAGGAACAAAACCUGGCACUAAACCUUCUGGCAAACCUGGAUCUGAGCCUGAUAAAAAAACAUCUGGGAAAGGUUACCCAGUUAAGAUCAGUGUAAACAACCUACCUGAUGGCCCUAUCUUCUCACCUUCUUUAAAAGACUUCCCAGUGUCAGAAGAUCCAGAUAAUGAAGAUUUCCCAAUAGUGCUGGGCACCUUCGCUGCUUUGGAUGGUGAUACUGGAGAACAGGCUGAAAAUGUGAGGUAUGCUAAAGGUCAUGAUCCCGAUAACUGGUUAACCAUUGAUGAGAAAACUGCUGAGAUUAAACUGACGAAGGUUCCUGAUCGAGAAUCAAAGUUUUUGGUAAAUGGAACCUACUUCGCAAAGAUUAUCUGCAUGACUCAAGAUGUGCCAUCUAAGACAGCUACUGGGACAAUAGCAUUAAAGGUGGAGGACUCAAAUGACCACUGCCCCACACUGACCAGCACCUAUCAUCAAACUUGCGAUAAUAAUAAAGUGAUAAAUGUCACGGCUUUCGAUGAGGACGCUGAUCCAAACGGUGCACCUUACCAGUUUGUUCUGAUAGAAGAGGAGAGUGUGGGAAAAUGGGAGAUGGUGCAUAUAAACGGAACAACUGUGAGCUUUCAUGCACAGGAGGCUUUGUGGCGAGGCAUCUAUGAGCUGACAGUGAAGAUCUCUGAUGCUCAGGGUCUGUCCUGUCCAGACAGCCAAAAGUUUGAGGUAGAAGUGUGCACCUGUGAUAAAAAGGGCUCAUGUGGGCCGAGGCUAGCCGCACAACGUGGCUUCAAGUUGGAAAUAGGAGCACCAGCCAUUGGCUUGUUCCUCAGCGGCGCAGCUUUGCUCCUGUUGGUACCUUUCUUACUGAUCUUCUGUCAGUGUGGGUCCGUGAGCAAGUUCACAGAUUUGCCCUUUGACGCUAAAGAAUAUCUUAUUUCAUAUCACACUGAAGGCAUAGGGGAGGACAAGGAGGUUCCUCUUCUCAGCAGCCCUGUUGCUACAAUAGACCAAAAACAACUGAUCCAGGAUGUCAAGGUUUCCAACACAGUAUCCACAAUGGCCUUUCAAGCUAGUGUUGGUAAUGCCAGCAGAAUGUUCAACCAUGAAAUAAACAAUGGGUUUACAGAAGCUGACAGCAGGUUUUGGUACCAGCAAAACACCCUUUCAAAGGCCAACCAGCGCAACAGUGCUCUCUAUUCUGCAUCAUUCGUACAUGAAAAACAGAACAUUUAUCAGGAUAUGGCAGUGGGAGAUGAAUUCCUGAAUGAAUACUUCUCUCAGAAAGCAAGCUGUGCUGCAGCGAACCCUCCCCUGACAGACGGUCUUCUGGAGUACGAGUACGAGGGUCAAGGCACCCCUGCUGGCUCUGUUGGAUGUUGCAGCCUCCUUGAGUCUGACGAUGACCUGGAGUUCCUUAACAAUCUGGGGUCAAAGUUCCUUACAUUAGCGGAGAUAUGCCAUCCUCCAAAGCCUUGCCUACCCCCUCCCAAAACUGAGCAAGUAGUCAAAUCGGAUGAAACCAGCUACAAAAGCGAGAGUUCUGUCAGCACUAGCACCAUCCAGGUUACCAAAAAGACUCAACCUCCACAACAGGUACAACAAAGCUCCGUUACCAAAGUUGAGACGGUUAAUAAAUCAUCCACGCUUCCAAGUGCCAAAGCAAGCCAGACACUAUUCGUGCAACAGCAGCCUGUAUUCUACCUGGUGGAGCAGCAAAUGCCAAACACAGUUUUUGUUGAGAGUCCCACUCAGGGUUUGUAUGUAAUAGAUGGCAACCCUGAGAUGGAAGGUUUGAUGCUCCAAGGCAGAAACGUUUCACAGGCGACUCUGACCCGAGGACAGCAGGCAAUGUAUGUGAUAAAUGGAGCCCCUGUAGCUGCUCAUCAGCCGAUACAGUUGCAAACGGAAGUACAGGAACAUGAGGCAGUGCUGGGAUUUAGCCCCGUCUCAUCUCCCAUCGGAGCGCCUGGAGGUGUACUGCUAAUGCAGACCCAUUUUCAUGAGAAAGGAGGGCAAAGGGAAACUGGAAGACCACCAUUGUUGCUUGCUGAUGUUCCAGCACUGGCCAAAAAAACAUAAAAAGAAAACAACAAGAAAACGCCGCUAGGUAUUAAAGUAGUGGAAGCCAAACUAAAAGAUACUGCGUCAUCUAAAUAGAUAUAAGGGACAUCCAAUAAGACAAGGAUCUAUGACAGAGUCCAAAAUUAAGCCCCAUUCGAGAAAAAUUGGUCAA